AUGAAAUUAGCUCAAGCCUUGGUGUCUAAAGUAACAUUUACCUAGAAAUACUUCAUGAAAGAGCUCUACAACGAAUGCCAAAUCGCUUGCAGCCUUCUCGGCAAGCAGAUUUCAAAAGAAACAAACGAAAACUUAUUUAAACAGCUCGUGUCUGAGACUCUUGACCCUUUCAAACUUAUUAAGGACGAUGUGAUUGAUUUUAAUAGAGAAAUUAUGGAUAACUUAUACACAGGAGAAGCAGAAAUCGACAAUAUUACACAAUACUAUUUCAAAUUCCCAGGCAAACAUUUCCGACCCACAAUUAUGCUGACUUUGUCUCGUGCUUUGCAAGGCAGUUCAGAAUUGGAUUUUAAGGAGCAUAAGCCUUUAAGAGGACAAAUGGUUUUUGCUCAGGUCAUAGAAAUGAUCCAUUGUUCAAGCUUGAUACAUGACGAUGUUAUAGAUAAAGGAGAGACCAGAAGAGGCCAAGAAGCAAUUCAUAGGAAAGUAGGGAACAAAACAGCGGUUAUGGGAGGAAAUUAUUUAAUAUCGACAGCUUCUUAUGUGUGCACUUUGCUAGAUGAUAUGAGGUUGAUGAACUUGAUAUCAGAGAUCAUGGAAAACUUGUCAAAAGGAGAACUGAUACAAGCUGAAGGAGCUUGUGAGUCAUUAGAAGAGCAUGUUAUUAGCUAUUGCCAUAAAACGUAUUUUAAGACUGCUUCGCUGAUUGCGCAUGGCUGCAAGGGGAUUGGGUAUUUUUCUGGGUAUCCUGACGAGUGCUUUGAGUUUGGAAAACAUUUAGGACUUGGCUUUCAAUAUAUUGAUGAUAUUUUAGAUUUUACAGGAGACAAGAAAACUCUUGGAAAGCCAAAUUUAAAUGAUAUGAAAGAAGGCUUGGCGACUGGGCCAGUUUUAUAUUCAAUUCCUCAUGAUCCGUCUUUGCUGGAGGUUGUUCAAAGGAAGUUUAAAGAGCCAGGAGAUAUAGAGCAUGGGCAAAGAGCAGCCCAACAGUAUGGAAUUGAUAUUACAAGGAAUCUUGCUUUAUAUCAUCUAGAUAUGGCGCUUAAAUCGCUUCAUUUUAUUCCAAAAGAUUCUUUUGCAUUUAAAGCUUUAGGAAGUUUGUCAGCUAAAAUUUAUGAUAGAAUAAGUUAG